GCCCCGCCGGAAGUGGCGGUUGACUGGCGGGGGUUCGUUUAGCGUCCCGGGUAGCGUUUGAGUUUGGCGAGUUGCGGGUGCUGUCUCAGCGGUAGCGGGACCCCAAGGCCUCAGAAAGAGGCUUCUCUCUGUCCUGGGACCCCCUCCUCAUUCAGCGUCUUUCCCGUAACCGGAUACGGAUUAUUUGGACUCUCCCUCAGACCCAGCAGGAGUCACAGAUUUCAGCAAGUAUGGCCCCCCGCAAGAAGCGUCGAAACACCUCAAAGUUGCCCCUGGCCUUAAACCCCCAGAAGAGCAAGGACGUGCUGGCAGUGCUGGCGGAGAGGAACCAGCCUGUGGUGCCAGUGGGGGCGUGGGUGGAACCUGCCUCGCCGCACAGUUCGGGAAACACAGCGUAUACUGCAGCAUAUGUAAUUGAGAAAGAACUAAAGGAACAGUUAAGGAAAAAACAAGAAGCUUUGAAGCGUUUUCAGAGACAAGCCAAACACCGAGUAAAUCAACGAAUUAGGCUGAAAAAAAAGCAACAGCUUGAGAAGUUCUAUGAAGAAGCAGAAAAAGAAGACACUGUAGGUAUGCUGCCUUCAGAUCUAGAACACUUAACUUCUAGAAGAGCAAAGGUUUUUCCAAAGACUUGGACUGCUGCUAUUCAAAGUCUUGAAUCAAGUGCUUGGUCACCUUCUUCCCAGAAGCUUGAUGAUGGAAUACAAGACAGAGAGAAUCAGAAUCAAUUAAUACAACACGCCCUGGCUCUUAGGAAAACCAUGAAACAGGCACGUCACCAGCUGGCAUCCUUUAAAACUAUGAGUCAAAAAUAUGCAACAGUGUUUCCACAUGAUACAAGGAAAAGCUGUCCUGCCCAACAGGAACCUGACUCUGAGGAAUCUUCAUCGAUUACGAUAGACAAGAAAGGGAACGAAAAAUUGUUUUGGAAGAACCAACAGGGUUUCUUUUCUGAAGAGAACAAAGCUUUCAGCAGAGUUCAGAAAAUACGAUUCAAAACUCCAUUAUAUGCUGUAAUAGAAGAGGAACAGCUAAAUGAGUUACAGGAUAUUCUGCCAGAAACGCAGGAUUAUCUUUCAGAAACCCAAGAUGAUCUGCUGGAGACCCAGGGUGAUCUAACAGGAGUGCAGAGGGUUGAGCUGGAAGCCCAGAAUAUUGAGCCACAUUCCCAGGCUGUUGAGCUGGCAGGCCAGCCUAUGGAAGGCCAAGUUGUUGAACCCAAAGCCCAGGCCAUUGAACUUAAAGUCCAGGUUGUUAAGCUAGAACCUCAGAGUCUGAUGCUGGAAGCCCAGAGUAUUGAACUAGAAGAUGGAAAUAUGUUGGAAGUCCAUGAUUUUUUAUCCCCAAAUCAGGCUUUUCUACCCAAAGACCAGAACAUUCUACCCAAUGACCAGAAUAUUCUACUCAAAUGUCAGGACCAACAUAUUCUACGCAAAGACCAGCAUGUUUUCCCCAAAGACCAGGAUAUUCAACCCAAAUGUCAGGACCAGGAUUUUAUGCCCAAAUGUCCAGACCAACAUAUUAAACGCAAAGAUCAGCAUGUUUUCUCCAAUGAACAGAAUACUCUAUGCAAAUGUCAGGACCAGGAUUUUCUACCCAGAUAUCAGAAAGUCCGCUUCAAGGAGCCAUAUUCUGUUAUAAAUGAGAGAGGGAGACAUGGCUUUUCUCUGGCAGGUUAUCAGUCUCCUACUCCUAAAGUCCAGGACCAGGUGUGCAUCAGAGAUCAGAAAGUCCACUUCAAGGAGCCAUAUUCUGUUAUAAAUGAGAGAGGGAGACAUGGCUUUUCUCUGGCAGGUUAUCAGUCUCCGACUCCUAAAGUCCAGGACCAGGCGUUCAUCAGAGAUCAGAACAUGUUUUUUGAGCAGCCGUCAUCUUUUCUGAGAGAAGUGAGAGUGAGCGAUGAAUUUCCUCCGGGGUAUCAUCAUUAUGUUAACCCACAAGUCCAGGACCAAACCUCCCCUGGCGAUCAGAGUUUAUACUCCAGGCAGCAGCCAUCUGUCGGGACAGCUGAAAGAUGGCGAGAUUUGCUUCUGGAUGGCCAUCAGCAUCUUCCAGCCAAGCACCGGAGAGAGGCUUCCAGCAGAAGGCAGGUUUAUGAUAAGUAUCAAUCAGGAUGGAACACUGAAUUCCAAACUCCACUAGGACUUCAGUUUGGAGUAAAUCAAGAAGAAGACAAAAAAGAGCGUCAAAAGCGGUACCUGAGAUAUAGGCGACUUUUCAUGGAUAUUGAAAGAGAAAAAGUAAAAGAACAACAAAGGCAAAAAGAAAGCAGGAAGAGAAUUGAAAAAAUUAAGAGAAAGAAAGAGCAGCAACGUUAUGCUGAAGAGCAGAGGAUAUUAAGAAUGAACUUUCAUGAAGAGCCAUAUUCAGGGGAGAAGAUGAGUGAGAUGUUAGCGCAGCUACAGCUCAAGGAAACGAAAGAAGCCAGAGAAAAACAGCAACGAAGAGAAAGGGAAUGUCAAAGGUAUCUAGAAGCUUUAAGGGUCCAGAUCCAAGAGAAAAUGCGGCUGUAUAAUAUUACUUUACCUCCACUCUGCGGCUGUGGUCCUGACUUUUGGGAUGCUCAUCCUAAUACCUGUGCCAACAAUUGUAUUUUCUAUAAAAACCACAGAGCUUAUACCCGGGCACUAUAUUCAGUCAUCAAUUCCUGUGAUAGAGGGAACUUGAUUCUUCGAGCUGCCAUUCAUAAUUUUGCUUCUGCUUACAGACGGACUUUGAAAAAUGUAUGUUCAGAAUCUGAAAUCAACUGUUAGUAUUUCAGCCUUCACUUAAAAUCAAUUCUCUGAGAGAUUGUUCAGGAAAAACUGUUAAAGUAUAUAAUCUGGAAAGGAAGACUGUCCCACGUAACAACAGUCUCUGCAAUUAUAUUGGAACCAUCGUUUCAGUCUCCAUCUUGGGACCACGAUGGAAAGUUGACUUCCACACUUGCCUCUUUGCUGUGAACCAUGUGGAGUUUAUUGUUUUAAAAAUGAUCAGUCAGACCAGUAAGGUUUAUCUUACUUUGCUCUGUUCUGAUCUGAAGAGAUCAUGAAAAAUCUUUGAGAUUACCUUGUUUAUUGUCUUUCUAAAACUGUAUCUUUGAUUCUUAACAAAAUUGGAAAUGUCUGGAAGAAGCCGAAAAGAAAGAUGAUGAAAUGAGUUUCUUCGCAUCAGUGGUCAUCUAGAGUCCUGCUAGCUUUUCUAGUUGUAUAUAACAAUUAGAGAUGAGAAGGAUUUGAAUUUGAUGCACUUUUUUUCUAGAAAUUUCUUUGGGGGUUUUUUGGUGUGUGUGUGUGUGUGUGUGUGUGUGUGUGUGUGUGUGUGUGUGUGUUUUAACUUAUUACCUCUUUCCCCAUUCAGUGAAUUGGUCAUAAACCUUUUUAAUUUUAUAAUUUUCAUUGCCAAAAAAGGGAAAAUAAACCCUCUGUCUUUUGAGCAUCUUCUUUGUGAAAUAAUUGUGUGACAUUUCAAAAGUGCGUCUGAAGUCAAAGUGAGUAAAAUCCUGCCUCAGCUCCCAAUCUUUUAAAAAUUUGCUGGAUGGCAUACCUACAGAACAGAUGAAAUAAAAAUUCCUAUAGCUAGUA